AUGUCGUGCUCUGGAUGCGAUAUUGGACUGAUUGGCCUGGCCGUUAUGGGCCAAAACCUAGUUUUAAAUAUGCUCGAUCACGGUUUUAAGGUUUGCGUUUUUAACCGCACUGUAUCCAAAGUCGAUGAAUUCGUCUGUCGUGAAAGUAAGCGGAAAAAUUUGUGCGGUGCGAGGACCGCUGCUGAACUGGUCGCCAGUCUUGCCAAGCCGAGAAAGAUAAUUAUUCUUGUGAAAGCUGGUCAAGCGGUUGAUGACUUCAUUGAAAUAUUGAUCCCCCUCUUAGAGCCAGGUGACAUCAUAAUUGAUGGUGGGAACUCGGCCUUCGCAGAUACUGAUAGGCGGUGUCAUUAUCUUAAAUCGAAUGGCUUGCUUUUUGUCGGUUCGGGAGUAAGUGGAGGUGAAGAGGGUGCGCGCACCGGGCCCAGUCUCAUGCCUGGGGGACAUGCUGAGGCGUGGCCUCACAUCAAAAACAUCUUCCAAUCGAUUUCUGCGAAAACCCCAACAGGCGAACCUUGUUGUGAUUGGGCAAGUUUAUGCUUAAAAAGUCUCACUUGUGUCGGAAGUGGUGGAUCCGGCCACUUCGUGAAAAUGGUCCACAAUGGUAUUGAAUACGGCGAUAUGCAAUUGAUUUCGGAGGCUUAUUUUCUUCUCACAAAGUACCUUUGCCUCACAGCUGCUGAAGCCGCAGAGGUUUUCGAUAAAUGGAACGAAGGAGAACUUGAGUCUUACCUUAUUCAGAUAACUCGAGAUAUUUUGGCCUUUAAUGACGAAUCUGGCACCCCACUUUUGGAAAAAAUUCGUGAUGUUUCCGGUCAGAAAGGCACUGGAAAGUGGACCACAAUCUGCGGUCUUGAGCGAGGAUGUCCUAUUACCCUCAUUGCUGAGUCGGUUUUCUCAAGAAGUCUUUCUUCGAUGAAAAAAGAGCGAAUAGAGGCAUCUAGGAUUUUAUCUGGUCCGCCUCUUGUGCUGGAGAGUGACAAAUAUGGCAAGACUCAACUUGAGGAAAAGGGGGAGGAAGUGGAACUUAUUCGACGGGCAUUGUACGCAUCAAAGAUUGUCUCGUAUGCUCAAGGAUUUAUGUUAUUACAAAAAGCUCGUGAAGAAUUCGGUUGGGAUUUGAAUUUGGGGGCCAUAGCUCUCAUGUGGCGCGGUGGUUGCAUUAUUCGAAGCCGCUUCCUUGGCGAUAUCAAGGAGGCUUAUGCUCGAAAUCCCGGCCUUACUAACCUUCUCCUCGACCCCUUCUUCAGAAACGCUAUUGAUCAUUGCCAAGAGUCCUGGCGCUCUGUUGUCUGUAUGAGUGUGAAGGCCGGGAUCCCCGUGCCGGGUUUUAGUUCGGCACUUGCCUUUUUUGAUGCAUUCCGAUCUGCGAGACUGCCUUCAAAUUUAAUACAGGCUCAACGAGACUACUUCGGAGCACAUUUAUACGAACUAGAAGCAUCCCCAGGCACAUGGCACCACACUGACUGGACGGGUGGUGGCGGCAAAACCACGUCCUCAACGUAUCAAGCCUAA